GAGACCAAGGACUCGCUGGUGCGACUGGCCAAGGGCUGCAACGGCAGCGCCCCGGCCCAGCAGUGGAAAUGGGUCUCCCGAAACCGCCUCUUCAACGUGGGGGCCAUGCAGUGCCUGGGGGUGUCGUGGCACGGGGGGAACAGCACGGCGGGGCUGCACCCCUGGCCACCACGAGUGCGACGCGAGUCGGUUACAUGCGACUGGGAGCUGCCGCGGGGCUUCGGCGAGCAGUGCUCUCGCAGCACCUCUCGCCCCCGCCCCGCCAACGCCUCCCUGGACAGGGGGGACCAGGCACGGGGCUCGCAGUGGAGGACCUAUGGCACCGAGGAGGACCUGUGCUCCGUGCCCUACUCUGAGAUUUACACCAUCCAGGGCAACUCCCACGGGAAGCCCUGCACCAUCCCCUUCAAGUACGACAACCAGUGGUUCCAUGAGUGCACCAGCACGGGGAGGGAGGACGGGCACCUCUGGUGUGCCACCACCCAGGACUAUGGCAAGGAUGAGCGCUGGGGCUUCUGCCCCAUAAAGAGCAACGACUGCGAGACCUUUUGGGACAAGGACCAUCUCACCAACAGCUGCUACCAGUUCAACUUCCAGUCGACGCUGUCGUGGCGGGGGGCCUGGAAUAGUGUGAGUCAGCUAGGGGCCAACCUGCUGAGCAUCACCGAGAUCCACGAGCAGACCUACAUCAACGGGCUCCUGACUGGGUACAGCUCCACACUCUGGAUUGGGCUCAACGACCUGGACAUCAAUGGAGGCUGGCAGUGGUCAGACAACUCGCCCCUCAAGUACCUCAACUGGGAGAGUGACCAGCCUGACAACCCCAGCGAGGAGAACUGCGGGGUGAUCCGCACCGAGUCCUCGGGGGGGUGGCAGAACCGCGACUGCGGCAUCGCCCUCCCCUACGUGUGCAAGAAGAAGCCCAACGCCACGGCCGACCCCUUCCUGACGGACUCGUGGUCGGAGGUGAAGGUGGACUGCGAGCCCAGCUGGCAGCCCUUCCAGUCCAACUGCUACCGGCUGGUGGGAGAGAAGAAGAGCUGGCAGGAGGCAAAGAAGACCUGCCUGAGGAGUGGGGGGGACCUGGUCAGCAUCCACACCCUCUCCGAGCUGGAAUUCGUCACCAAGCAGAUCAAGCAAGAUGUGGAGGAGCUCUGGAUUGGCCUAAAUGACCUCAAGCUGCAGAUGAACUUCGAGUGGUCGGACGGGACGCCUGUGAGGUUCACGUACUGGCACCCCUUCGAGCCCAACAACUUCCGUGACAGCCUGGAGGACUGUGUCACCAUCUGGGGACCAGAAGGGAGGUGGAACGACAGCCCCUGCAACCAGACCCUGCCGUCCAUCUGCAAAAAGCCGGGUCGGGUGAGCCAGGAGAAGGAGGAGGAUGACCAUGGAUGCCGAAAGGGCUGGAAGUGGCACAGCCCAUCCUGCUUCUGGCUGGGCGAGGACCGUGUCCCCUACAGCGACGCCCGCAAGAUGUGCUCCGACUACGGCUCCACGCUGGUCACCAUCACCAACAGGUUCGAGCAGGCCUAUGUGAGCAGCCUCAUCUACGGCUGGGACGGGGAGUAUUUCUGGACAGCCCUGCAGGACAUCAACGAGACGGGCGCGUUCCGCUGGCUGAGCGGGGACGAGGUGAUGUACACGCACUGGAACCGCGACCAGCCCGGUUACAACAAGGGUGGCUGCGUGGCCCUGGCCACCGGCAGCUCCAUGGGGCUGUGGGAGGUGAAGAACUGCAGCACCUUCAAGGCCAAGUACAUCUGCCGGCAGAACCUGGGCACGCCGGUGAACCCCGAGCUGCCCGGGCCCUACCCCACGCCCAGCCUCACCGCCACCUGUCCCCCGGGCUGGAGCUCCGACCCCAAACUCCGGCACUGCUACAAGGUGUUCACCUUCGAAAAGCUGCACGAGAAGAAGACGUGGAUCGCGGCGCAGGAGUUCUGCCGGGAGCUGGGGGCCCAGCUGCUCAGCCUGGGCAGCUACGAGGAGGAGCACUUUGUCGCCAACACCCUCAACAAGAUUUUUGGGGAGUCGGAGCCAGAGCUCCACGAGCAGCACUGGUUCUGGAUCGGCCUGAACCGGCGGGACCCUGCAGGGGACCGGAGCUGGAGGUGGAGUGAUGGGCUGGGGUUCUUCUACCACAACUUUGACCGCAGCAACUACGACGACGACGACAUCCGGCCGUGCGCGGUGCUGGACCUGGCCUCCCUGCAGUGGAUGCCGAUGCAGUGCGAAGCCCAGCUGGACUGGAUCUGCAAACUGCCCAAAGGUGCUGACGUGAAGGAGCCGGAGAUCACGACCCAAGGCAGCAAAGAGUGGGUGAAGUACCAGGAGGCCGAGUACAAGUUCUUCGAGCACCACUCGACGUGGCUGCAGGCCCAGCGCAUCUGCAGCUGGUUCCAGGCCGAGCUGGCGUCGGUGCACGGCGAGGCCGAGCUGCGCUUCCUGGGCCAGAACCUGAAGAAGUUCUCCAGGGGCCAGGAGCAGCACUGGUGGAUUGGGCUGAACACCUAUGAGAACGAUGGGAGGUUCAAGUGGUCUGAUGGGUCCCUCCUCAACUUCAUCUCCUGGGCACCGGGCAAGCCCCGGCCCAUCGGCAAGGACAGGAAGUGUGUGUACAUGACGGCCAGCAGAGAGGACUGGGGGGACCAGAAGUGCAUGACAGCUCUGCCCUACAUCUGCAAGCGGAGCAACGGGACGGCCGUGAAGCCCUCAAUCCCUCCGGCACCCGCUCCCACAGCCGGGGGCUGUCCCCGAGGAUGGGUGCAAUUCCUCAGCAAGUGUUUCAGCUUCAAUGGCCACAACAAAGGCGAGAUAGUGAAGUGGCCGGAGGCGAAGCAGGCGUGCGAGAGCCAGGGCGCCGUCCUGGCCACCAUCUCCAGCCCCCUGGAGCAGGCCUUCAUCACAUCCAUGCUGCCCAACAUCUCCUUCGACCUCUGGAUCGGCCUCCACGACGCGCAGAGGGAGUUCCAGUGGGUGGAGGGGGAGCCCCUGCGGCACGUGAGCUGGGCCCCCGGGGAGCCCUCGGGCUGCAGUGCCUCCAGCCCCCGCGACAAACCGACCAACUGUGUGGUGGUGUGGCACGGCUCACCCCCUCUCUUCACGGGACGCUGGGACGACCGGAGCUGCCUGGAGGAGAAGCACGGCUACAUCUGCCAGCGGAGCAUAGACCCAGCCCUGAGCCCCGCGCGGACGCCGUACCCGCCCUCGCCCACCGGCGCCCUCUUUUACCACAACAGCACUUACCGCAUCCUGCAGAAACCCCUCAGGUGGCACGAGGCCCUGCUGCUCUGUGAGACCCUCAACGCCACCCUGGCCACCAUCCCCGACCCCUACAGCCAGGCCUUCCUCACCCAGGCCGUCAGCAGCCUGCGGGCCCCGCUCUGGAUCGGCUUGGCCGACGAGGGAGGCCGGAGCUACUCGUGGCUGACGGAGGAGAACGUGGUGUACACCAACUGGCAGGACGGGGAGCCCCAGCAGAUCACGGGCUGCUCCUACAUGGAUGCGGACGGGAGCUGGCGCACGGCCGGCUGCGACACCAAGCUCCAGGGGGGCAUCUGCCAGCUCCGAACAGGUGCCCCCCGCACGCACAAGUGGAGCUACAGUGGCAGCUGUCCCAAAUCGCUGGAGGACUCGUCCUGGAUCCCCUUCCGGGACCACUGCUACACCUUCCACAUGGAGAUCACCCUGGGGCAGAAGGACGCCAUGAGGAGGUGCCAGAAAGUUGGUGGCACAGUGUUGUCCAUCCAGGACGAGAUGGAGAAUGUCUUUGUGUGGGAGCAUCUCCAGUCGUACGAGGGCCCUUCCAAGGGGGCCUGGCUGGGCAUGACCUUCAACCCCAAAGGUGGCACCUUGGUCUGGCAUGACAACACUGCUGUGAACUACUCCAACUGGGGCCAGCACGACACGGGGCCCAGCAUGCUCAGCCAGAACAGCUGCUACUGGAUCCAGAGCAGCAACGGCGUGUGGCGCCUGGGCUCCUGCACCAACGUCACCAUGGGGGUCAUCUGCAAGAUCCCCCGAGUGGAGGAGAGCAGCUUUUCCAGAGCAGGAACCGAGCUGGUGUCCCAGAAGACAUCCAUCCUCCCUGGCAAGAGGUCUCCAAAGCCGAUCUACCUCCCCUCCACGUGCAGUAGCGAGGGUCCUGCCACCCCCGUCCCCACCACUGUGCCGCUCCUCUCCCCCUCCUCGGCCUGUCCCGCCCCGCCCCCAGGAGAAAGCUAG